UCUUGUCCAGUAUCAAUUACACAUUCGAAUCGAGGCAAACUAACAAUCUUUGCAUUAAAAGUAUCGACAAAAUGCUCUCUUCCACGUUAGCCCUCCUCCUCGCUGCCGCAACGCUUGGUCCACUUGCCACCCUGGCUCAAUCAUCGUCAAACAACUCCAACGAGACUGCCACACUCCCAGCAAUUUAUUAUCUUCAAUUCAUACACUCCAAUUCUCUCAAAUUAGGAGACUCGUGUUCCUGGAGUGAUGAAGUCUUCCGUCAAGCAGGUACUCGUGCAAUGGAACGGUAUCCCGAAGACAGUAAACCGUACGACCAGGUUCUCGACAGAAUUGUGUCCAGCACAGUAGAAAAUGACAGGACUUAUUGCCUAGCAAGCGAAUUGUUGGUGUGUGACCAGAAUACGGCGAGAUGCGUGUGUGGAGCAGCUACUGCUCAAGCCACCCUUGGAGUCAGUUAUAAACCAACCGAUUACGAAUCCGAAUUAGAAGUCGGUACGGGAAGAAAGGUGUGUCGUUAUUCACGAGGGGCAGCUUGCAGUCCUCCAUCCUCAGCCCCAAAAAAGGCUGGUUCCUUCGUCCCCAAAUGUGCUCAGGGUCUGAGUUGUACUUAUGUCAAGGAUGGAACCACAUGCACUACUGCGUCAACCUUCAAAUAUGUGCUGGACUCGAUUCGAAAUAAUAUGACGCGUGAAGAGAUGAUCGAAGGCAUUCUGACAGGGAAGAUGUGUCAGUGCGUCAACGAGGACAACGACGUAACCGAUAAUGCCACCAGUAGCAAAUGGAAUGGGAGAUUUAAGAGAAGCGUGGGUGACGAGGAUAGCCUGCAUUCACGAGCAAAAGCUGCAUUACUAUUCCCCGGAGUGAUGGAUAUGUAAUAAACAAAUUUUGAAAUCAUGUGCGUAUAACACACAUCAUAGACUUAAUUAAUAUUAGCAAUGCUGAGGAUUUCUUGUGAUGCAUUUAAGAAAUGCGUGACAUAACACCCUUUAUUAUUUACAAAACAUACAGUUGACAGUAUGAACUUUUUAAUAUCAUAAAUCUUUGAAAAAUCUAUCACUCACACCCCGGAAUUGGAUUUUCUUCUCUUGUUAUUUUUAUUCCAGAUUCGUCCAAAAAUUUUCAUUUCCCAAAAAAAACUUGUAAUUUUCAGAUACUUAAUAUGUAAAUUAUGGUGCGGAAUAUCUGCUACAUAUACAAUUGUAAUAGAUAAUUUACCUUUUAAUAAAAGCUAACCAGCGAUGCAC